UGAUAUCAGAAAGCCGAUUGACAAACGUACGUACGAUCUAACGGAUACAUCUCCUAAUAUAGCCGUUGAGGGGGAGAAACAAAGAAACACAGUAACGGCUACAUUUCCUCCACUGCUUAAAAACGUUACUUCUCAGUUCCUUUCUCCAUACCCCCAACACUCAUCUCUCUCUUCAUACAAACUCUCAGGUUAUUUUCGAAUUGAGUUUUCAAAGGCGAAAAGAUGAACGACCUAAUGACCAAAUCCUUCACAAGCUACGUCGACCUAAAAAAAUCAGCUAUGAAGGAUGAUCUCGAAUCAGGACCAGAUCCCGAUCUCGAGAUGGCGAACAACAACACGGACGAGAACCUCUCUUCUUUCCUCGAAGAAGCCGAGAAAGUGAAAGCGGAGAUGUCUCUGAUCACCGAGACGCUCUCCCGGAUCUCGCAGUACAACGACGAGAGCAGAUCCGCGCACAAGGCGGACUCCGUGAAGUCUCUCCGCGACAAGAUCUCCAACGAGAUCGUCUCCGGUCUAAGGAAAGCGAAAUCGAUCAAGGCCACGCUCGAGGAGAUGGACAGAGCGAACCGGGAGAUUAAACGGUUAUCCGGAACUCCGGUUUACAGGAGCAGAGUGGCGGUUACGAACGGUUUGAGGAAGAAGCUGAGAGAAUCGAUGAUGGAGUUUCAGGCUCUGAGGCAGAGGAUGAUGAGCGAGUACAAAGAGACAGUUGAGAGACGGUACUUCACCGUUACAGGCGAGAGACCAGACGAAGCUAUGAUUGAGAAGAUUAUCACCGACGGAGGUGAAGAGUUUCUCGCACGUGCGGUUCAGGAGCACGGGAGAGGGAAGGUCUUGGAGACUGUGGUUGAGAUUCAAGACAGGUAUGAUGCGGCGAAGGAGAUAGAGAAGAGUUUGUUAGAGCUACACCAAGUGUUUCUAGACAUGGCUGUGAUGGUCGAGGCGCAAGGCGAACAGAUGGAUGAGAUCGAGCAUCACGUGAUGAACGCGAGCCAUUACGUGAAGGAUGGUGCUAAGGAGUUGAAUACCGCGAAGAAGCAUCAGAGAAGCAGUAGGAAAUGGAUGUGCAUUGGUAUCAUUGUCCUGCUCAUCAUCAUUCUUAUCGUCAUCAUCCCCAUCAUCACCAGUUUCACCUCUUCUUGAUGAGAGACAUUUGUGUUUACUUAUUACCCACUAAAGGAUGUCUUAAUCCUUGUGUUUUUGUUGUGUAAUAAUCCAAUGAAUGUGUUUUUACAAAGAUGUAUUUUGUGCCUUAUAUAACAAUCUACCUGAACUUUCUGA